AUGAGGUCACCAAGGUCACGUGCGUGGCCCUCAUCCUUUUGGCGGGCGACGCCUCCAGGACAGGACAGGCACAGCGGAGAGCCAGCCAGCAAGCUUGAGUGCCUGUCGCGGCCGACCCACGCCAGCAGUCACUCAGUCCCUACGGUAGCUCCACGAAGCUACGUAUACCAGUUCCAUCGCCAACUUGGGUUCGCUUGCGCCAACACAUCGGACGCCGCAACAUUGUCGCUGUUUUCCCCCCCUUCUCUUGAUACCUCUGUGACCGUUGCGCCGACAAACGAACCGCCAAGAUGA